CGGUUCAUGAAUGAGGCUGGAGUAGAAACUGGGAGGGUACAUCUGACGGGUUCGGGGCUUGCGUGCGUGGUGUAUACGUUUAGUGUAUCUAUGUCAUUACUUUGAAUUCAUGACCAAGAAUACACCACAUUGACCAGUACGUGGAGGGUGCGAAAGGGCGGUAAUACCUGGGCGUAUAAGCAGGUGCACUGUGCGACUGAGUGAGUCUGCGAGCGAGACUUGUCAGCCAUGGGUUUCCGAAAGAAGAACAAGAGCCCACCGGUACUGAGCCACGAGUUCGUGAUCCAGAAUCACGCGGAUAUGGUUUCGUGCGUUGCCAUGGUCAUUCUGCUGGGACUGAUGUUCGAGGUAACAGCAAAGUUUGCUAUCAUGUUUAUCACGGUCCAAUACAAUGUAACUCAUACAUUUGAUGACAGGCCUGAAUCGGGAAACUUUUACCAAUAUGGACCAAAAGACAUGGCAACUGUGUUCUUCUAUGUGCUGAUUGCCAUUAUACUCCACGCCUUGAUCCAAGAAUACGUUCUUGAUAAAAUCAAUCGACGGCUGCAUCUUUCAAAAACCAAGCACAGCAAAUUUAAUGAGUCUGGCCAGCUUGCUGCCUUCUACUUAUUCUCCUUCAUCUGGGGCAGUAGCAUCCUGACAGGGGAGGAAUUUGCAACAAAUCCUACGUUCUUAUGGGAGGGCUAUCCUCAUAACCACAUGGUUUUUCAGGUGAAAUUCUUCUACAUUUGCCAGAUUGCCUACUGGAUCCAUGCCCUGCCAGAGCUUUAUUUUCAGAAAGUGCGAAAGGAGGAUAUCCCUCGUCAGCUGUACUAUAUUUGCCUUUACAUUUUCCACAUUGCUGGAGCCUAUGUCUUAAACCUUCACCGUCUGGGCCUCAUCCUGCUGGUGCCGCACUACCUGGUGGAGCUGCUGUUCCACGCGUCGCGGCUCUUCUACUUCAGCGAUGAGAAUAAGCAGAAAGGGUUUACGCUGUGGGCACUGCUCUUCGUCAUCGCUCGCCUCCUCACCCUCACCCUCUCUGUCCUCACCUUUGGCUUCGGCUUGUCCCGUACGGAAAACCAGGGGUUCUCCAUCGCUGAUGGAAACUUCAAUGUCCUGACUAUCAGGUUCAGCUGCCUGGCUGCCAUCUGUCUCACACAAGCGUGGAUGAUGUGGAAGUUCAUCAAUUUCCAAUUGAAGAAGUGGAGGGAGCACAGCCAGAUCCAGGCCACCAAAAAGAGAGUCAUCAGCCCAAAGAGCAAGCCCUCCAAAAAAGACUCAACCAGAGGAAGUGCCGCCAAUGGAGUCAUGAAAUCAGAUGACAGAACUUCACCUCGUGCACGAAAACCAAAAGCCUCGUAGAGAGAGCUGUGAGAAGACCGAGCUGAGCUCUCGCUGUGGCACGCUUGUCUCGCCUUCAGAAAAGAUUCUGCCUCCUGGGUCUCAAAAGAACCUCGUAAAGGAACCAUAUCUGUAUCUUUUGGGUUAAACAACAAACAACAUGGAUAAACAGCAGUUGUUUUCCUUUGAAGAUUUGGGUUUGGUUUUCUCACAGAUUGCUUCACUCGAAGAUCUUUUCUACUGAUUGUUUCUGUGCUUGCGGGAUGUUGCUGUGCUUGUGUGUAAUCAUGUGACACUGCAGAGCAGUAGACCUCAGUGUGGUAAACAGCUGAUGAAGAGAGACUACUGUGAGUGUUACCGACAGGGUUGCGGAGCCGUUUCCUCUUUACCAAACACUGUGGUAAAUGCCUGAUACUGAAAGUACAGAUAAGUUGCAGGUAAUAACUUGUAUGUGGAUCUUUUCUUUGGAUUUAAUUCUGAAACAGUUUUUUGCCAGUUAAAAUCCAGUAGAAUUUACAUGAUAUCCUUUGCUUUCAGGCUGUGUGGACAGAGACCCUUUUUAGUUUAAAAUGUGGAAAAUACAUGGUUUGCACUUGUCUGGCUAAAGCUUUCGUCCAGCUAAAGCAUCCUGCACACUGCAUACAAUGCGGUUCUGCCCUGGAAAAAAACAAAGCAGGUGAAAUCAAACGUUUCCUUUGCAAAAUGAAACGGAACAAGAUGAUACCAUAAUUAGACUGUGAUGUUUUAAGAUUUAUUUAUUCGAUGCAUGGCAAAUGCACACAUUAAAACUGUACUGUGCAUCACAUGUAGUGCGCAGUGGUCUUAGUUGUGUGGACGGAAGACUUGCCAGUGACCAUGGUUUGUGGAACUUUCCUGGAAACAAAUCACCCUAGCAGAAGUAGCUUUCCGAGUGCCCUCUGGGUGUAGCAAAGGUAUGGGUCUAGCAGGCCAGGAAGGAUAGACUACAAGGCCUGCUGUUCUGGCUGAAAGCGUGCUGUUCAGUUUUUGGUGCACAGGGUAUACUGUGGCGUGCCUCCUGGGUUUGUCCCCUUCGUGCUAAUUGUUUUGUGUGAUUAUAAUAGUUGUAUAUCACUCUGCGAUUGACAUUUUCAAAGUCAAGUACAGAAUGAUGUGGAUUCAGCUAAAACUACGGCUGGUAAAAGAGACAUUUAGAUGGCUUUAGUACAAGCAUUUUGUGGCCUUUUUACAUCCAGUGGACAAUUUUUAUAUUUGUUUUCUCUUUUUUUUUAACAGUGCUUUGUAAAGUCUUCCUAUAUGGAGUGCAGUGCAAAGCACUUUUAUGCAUUUGAUCCAAACAACAGAAUUCAAAGUGUCCUUAAACAGAAUAUUGUACAAACCGACUUGAUGACGUUGACCCUGAUUGGCAAUAGAACAGCUUUGUGUAUAUGUGCAUGUUUUUCUCUGCGUGGGGUGUUUCUUUAGCGAGGGAGGCAGUGCUACGUUUUGUGGAGAUAACUAAUAUGGCAGUGCCUCGCUUUCAUGUUUGUCAUCAGGGGGAAAAACGUAAGAGAACUGGUUUGGUCCUCGAGUUUUUGUUUUCUUUUUAUUUUUUCUUCUUGAAUUGAGUUGUGAUGCUAAUACAGAAACUUGUAACAAAGUAUUUUUUCAGGUUUCAGUAUGUUCAAUGAAUACAAUCGAAAUUUCUCUCUUUGCCCUUAUCCUUCAUACACUUCAUACCCUCCCCAACUCUUAUUACCCCCCUUCCCAAAUCCCCACCCUCCCAGCAGGAUUCUGCUGAGAGUGAGUUGGAGUAUGCUGCUUUGUUUGCCAAAUGGUUUGAAAGAGACUUGUUCCUUCCCUGUGAUUUUGAUAUGCCAUCAAUAGAUAUGAACUUGUACGCCCUGUUCCCUGGCUAAAACCUAGCCUAAAAAACACUUAAGAAAGAGCCAGUGAGCUCCCUUUAAAUUGCCCGGAAUAGGAAAGUAUAGUGAAACUGUCCACAUGUAUUAAAAGUACAGAAGAGAGGAUGAAUUUUAACUGAGAAGGUUCAGUGGUCAUUCAGGCAGUAGUAUUACAUUAAAAUAUCUGCCAGUUCAGAAUUUUACUCUGUAUGAGUAAAACGGAGCAGAACAGAUUUCACUCUGUAUGGCAUUUUCUUAGGAGGGAAGGAAUGUUUGACAUAGCCUGUUACUGUCUGAUGUGUAGAAAAAAAAUCUAUAUAAAUAUAGGAUAUUCAUGAAAAGUUUUGUCAGAUUUUUAAAACUAUUUUUAUAGAAUUUCAACAACUGUAGAAAGUUCAGCUUCAUUAUAUUUAUAAUUUGAAGCCUCAUUAGUGAUUUAAAAAAAAAUAAUAAUAACAGAAGUGAAAGCAUACUACUCUGAAGGUGUGGGUCCAAAAGGCAAAAAAUCUUAUGUAACUGCAACAUGAGCCUGAUUAAAUAGCAGUGGUCAAGUCACAUGACAGAAAUCCAAUCCACCAAUGGCAUGCAUUCCGCCUGUGGGUGGGGCUGUUCAGAUUCAUUAGGUGGGACUAAAUGCUUGGCAGCGAAGUUGUAUUCAAGGUUUUUGUUUUUGUCUUUUCUAAUACUUCUGCCCAUGUGGUUUCAGUUUGCUGUGUAUCCUGAUUAAGGGCCUUCUGCCAGGGCAUGACCUCUAUGUUUGUCAUGAGAGCUACAGAAAACUUAAAUGACAUUGGCCAGCCAUUGAUGUAGUAGUUACACCAUCCUUUUUUUUUUGCACUUACUGUUUUUGAAUAUACAACAUAGCACAACAAUAAGUAGAGCUGUUAAUUUCUUUUAGCUUUCUUUUUGUCACAGUUAGUUGGUCAUGAUGGAAUAAUUUGAGCUGUUCAUGGAAUUUACAUUUGCUAACUCUUAACAGUGUAUCUGCACUUCAUUAGUUGCAAAUUUGAUAAAUAAGGCAUUCUUCAUGGAAUCCUUGCUAACUGAUUGCCUUCAGGUUUAAAACUCUGCCCAACAAAAACUACAAGAAAGUGCACCAAAGUCUAUUCAACGUUUUACAGCAGAUACAUUGAACCUAAUCAGAUUUAUUUUUCACUGUGAUAUUUUAUAUGCACUGAUGUUUUUCAUUUGCUUGCCUAUAGAUGUUCCAAUGUAUUGGUUUUAUAAAAGGUACUGACACUGAUAUGUUCUUGAGCCUAUGUAUUUAUGCAAAUCUUUCUUUUUCUUUUUUUGGUUCAAAUAAAAUCUUGAUUGAUUAA